GGCCCUGCACGCGCUGCUGAGCCGCGCGGGCUUCAACAUCGGCCCCGACCUCCAGGUAACGAAGGCCGAGGGCCACCUGGUGACGGAGAUCAACAACGAGAGCCCGCAGAAGGCCAUCGCGGAGGCAUGCAAGAGCCUGGGUCCGUUGGACGAGGUACUUAUGAACAGGAACGGGCUUCUAAUGGGUAUUGAGACCCGCAGAGAGGAGCUCGGUCGGAGCGACCGGACACCGAGCUCAGCGCGGGAGCAGUCGCGCCAGUAUUUGGUGCGCAGCUUCCAGUUCAUGCCCGAGGGAGAGUUGUACGUCAGAAGCCACAAUUUCAACCGCGUGCCUCCCAAUGUAGGAGAGCCUCGGAAGAAUGUGAAACUUCACGUGCGCGAUGACUACAGGGCGCACGAGGACCGCAUUGUGAUGCUGAAGAGGUACUCCAUGGCACGGUUGUGUUUCCAGGAGACUCCUCCGCCGUUCUGCUCCGGCGCCAUCAUAUUCCACUGCGACGCCGGGAGUGCCAAGGUCGAUGAGUUCAGGGAAGAGCUCCAGAACAUGCUGGGCAAGGACUCGCUGCCGGUCACCAGCGCAACCCUGCGAGGGGAGAUCGGCCCCGCGGGGGUCCACCUGGGCGGCAUCGACGCCCGGCCGACCGACAGGCAUGGCCACGCGACACUCACCUGCAUCUUCUGCCACAGCCCGCCAAACCAGGUGACCAACGAAGUUGUGGACGAGCUCAAGUGGAAAGUUUAUUGAGCGUGUAGGCAGUGCAAGACGUGGCGAUGUCGCCUUAGCACGCUAUGCAGAUAGCGCUAAGAGUCUUCCCGAGGCGCUUUGUACAAUGCCCGUACGGGUUACAUUGACGUUAUUCCAGGCUACUGCCGUUCGCGGUCAGUGCCUCCGCUGACUCCUGCUUAGAGGCGUGCCGCGAGCGAACUACCGAGUCACAGAGGUUGGACCUCUGAGGCUGCGUUUUUUGUCCGGCCGCCCGAUGGUCGCGGCCGAUAUUGGCCCAGCCGGUUGUUGAGGUGAGCGUGAUUUUUGUUAUCCUUUGGGUAUUGCCUCCUUCGUUUCACUUGUUCACCCGCACGUGACUAAUAAACAAAUGUUCCAUGUGGGAUCACAAACGAGGUCCCGCGUCGUCAAACUGUGCUGUAGGUGUUCUUAUGCUCACGACUCUGUUUAACUUGCGGGGCGUCUGCCCAGGUGCGAUGAACUUUUUAAAAGGGUGCACGAACACUCUAGUUGUAAUUUGGACGCCGGUAAGUUUUCGCCGGCUCAUGUUAUCGGGCAUCUCCAUGCUGCUGUACUAGCGGGUGGGCAUCACGAGAUAACCAGCUGCAACCAGACGCGCGCACGCCGUGCUGGACAUUUGGCCCGUAUCGUGCGACCAAUGCCACCAGACGGGGCAUGUUGUUCACCAUGCGAUUGCUUUUUGACAGGGUUGCUUGGAGCAGCCCUGUCCCUGCAGGAGCGAGCAAGGGUGGCGGAUGCUGAUGGUUCAGGCGACGGCAGGAGAUCUGAUCUCGGAGGCGCGAA